AUGGACAAUCUUACAAAACUAGAGUUCACUACCCUUCAAAGUUCGGGCAGGAACUACCUCUCAUUGGUGUUGCAUGCUGAAAUUCACCUUGAUGCAAUGGGUCUUGGAGACACCAUAAAAGAAGAAAAUAAGGCAUCAAAUCAAAACUGUGCACGAGCAAUGAUAUUCUUGCGUCAUCAUCUUGACGAGAUUCUGAAAAUCGAAUAUCUGACAGUUAAGGAUCCACUUGUUUUGUGGAAAAACCUAAAAAAGUAUAAUUCUGCCAUCUUCAGAAUCACUUCUCAAUUGAAAUUAUGUGGAGAAACGAAUCGACCUACUGGAUCUGAACCACUUCCUGAAGUGAAUGAGGCGUACGCCCACCAUGCUAGGCUUGGAAAAGGUCGCGGUCCUAAUCAUGGUCGUGGACGUGGACGUGGUCGUGGUCGUGAUUAUGGUCAAGAACGUAAUUCUAUUCCUGGCAUUUAUCAUUCAUCAAAUAAAAAGGAAAAAAGAAAGGAUGAGAAACGUGAAGCAACUAGGGAAGGUUGUUUUCGAUGUGGUGGAAGAGGUUAUUAUGCACGUGAUUGUCGUACUCCCAAACACUUGAUUGAGCUUUAUCAAGAAUCACUAAAGAAGAAAGAGAAAAAUCCUGAGGCAAAUUUUAUCUCUGAAAAUCAAGUUAACAUCACGCACUUGGAUGUGGCAGAUUUCUUCGCACAUCCUGAAGGAAAAAUAGAUCACUUAAUUGGUGAUGGUUCUGUGAACAUGGAAGAGUGA